GCGACACCAACCACACAAAAGAGAGAGGCUAUCGACUGAGUAGCAGCUGAUUCAAGCAGAUCUGCGAGAGAGUAGGUGACGAAAAGGUUUUUUUCUCCGACACAGGCUUCAAUUGUUAUUCAAGUGUAACAAAGAACAGAGAUUAACAAAUUGAAUUAAAAAUGGCUGCACUACCAAGAAGAAUUAUCAAAGAAACACAGAGACUUAUGCAAGAACCAGUGCCAGGCAUCAGCGCAGUGCCUGAUGAUACCAAUGCCAGAUACUUUCAUGUCAUAGUUACGGGUCCUGAAGAUUCACCCUUUGAGGGUGGACUCUUCAAAUUAGAAUUAUUUCUUCCUGAAGACUAUCCCAUGUCUGCACCUAAAGUGAGAUUUAUCACCAAAAUAUAUCAUCCGAACAUUGACAAGCUUGGCAGGAUCUGUCUAGAUAUUUUAAAAGACAAAUGGAGUCCAGCUCUCCAGAUAAGAACUGUGCUACUGUCGAUACAAGCUCUGUUAAGCGCUCCAAAUCCAGAUGAUCCACUGGCAAACGACGUUGCUGAGCUUUGGAAGGUGAAUGAGAGCGAGGCGAUACGUAACGCCAAAGAAUGGACACGCAGAUACGCCAUGGACAACUGAUCUCAGCGCUAGCGCUGUUAUUGAUGAGAGAGAGAGAGAGAGAGAAAGAAAGAGAGCAGGCAAAUGUUUAUGCAAAGUUUUUUUGUGGGACGAUUUAUCAAAACGCUUUGUUCCGUCAACAUCUCCACACAUCAAUACACUUACAUUUCACACAGACUAAUGUCGCCUUUUUUUCGGCUUGUCCUCCUUUUCACGCUGCCGUCUUUGGUUCUUUUCCUUCGUUUGGAUUUUUCCACGAUCCAACAGUAUUUUAAAAACUCUCAGAAUGAAUGAUUGUAUCAUUAAAGAUUUUCUGAGUUUAAAGUUCAGAAAUUUCUCUAACGAUAGCAAUGCCAUGAGUAAGAGAAAAAAAAAUCACGAAAUAUAAGAAUACGAAUGAUCCCCAUGGUACAUAGGCGUCUCUGACAGAUUGUUUCGGAUACUUCGCUCGCAUAAUAAAUGGAGAAAAGCAUACGUUAUUAAUGUUGUACAUGAAAUUUUGCUAAUACUACGGAUAAGGAAAAGAAAUGAAUAACCGACCUUCGCGUUUGAUGAACUUUUUUUUUCUUAUCAAGGAAAAAAAUUGUCUCAAAACUAAUGUUUCUGCCAGUCGUCCACAAUGAAAGGAAAAAAAAAUUAAAACAAUUACAUGUAUCUUAAGUACGAUUGUAAAACAAAGAAGGAGGUAUAAAAAAAACUAAUAUCUUAGUUUUAAUUUUACGUAAUUGCAUUAAGGUAUUCCUUUUUUGUAGAUAAGUCUUAAGAUCGAUCGUUUAUUGUAUAACAAAUUAAUUAAAUAAGAACAAACUGUUUGAAGAAGCGAGUACUUUUAUAAAGUAAAAUAAUAAAAAACAGGAACUGAUAAUGUGCUGAAAUAUUCAUUGUUGUUCUCGUAACCCUACGUAUUAAAAAUAAAAAUGCAACAAUGACGAAAGAAAAAAACAGUGGUGCGGUACAUAUAUAUCAUUUACACAAGAAAAAAACUACGUUUUUACGUGUACUGUCACCUCGUGCCUUUUGCAAUGUCGUAUUUUUUCGCAGAAAUAUUUUAAAAUAAGAAACGCACCGUUUUCCCAACAUCAUUUAUCUUUUUUACGUCACGUUAAAGUUAUUUUUAUAGGAGUAGCUUCCACAAGAGAAUAAAAAAACACCCGGUUUACUGAAAAAAAUUAAACAGAAUGUUAACUCUGUGAUAAGAAACUGCGAAGCAUAUCCAUAUAUGUUGACUACACUUUGACAAAAUGCUUAAAUCAAUAUAUUAUACAGUACUCAGACAACUGCAGCGGUUGAAAAUGAAUAAAUAAUUAUUUAUGUGUAUUGAAAUACGUAGAUAAUUUAGCUUGAUUUAAAAAAAACCAUUAAAGUUGCCUAAGCGUAUUAUAUGAUUCAUAGACGGCCAAGAUUUAAAAAAGAUAUUUAGACAAUAGCAUUUACGAAUAAAUAAUAAAAAGAAGCUGAGGCA